AUGGCGCCCUCCGGUUCGCGCUCAAGGUCCACUCGCCCUAUGCGGUCCAGCCGCACGAAGGUGCAUACCUACCACGAGGAAAGCUCAUCUCAAGAUGAAUCAAUCGGUUUGCCCGGCUCAAGGCGUGCCUCAUUAUCUCUUCGCUCGCGCAGUACAACUCGAAUGCCGAAAUCCUAUCGCGAAGACUCGACGGAUGCCAGCUUUCAUGGAGAUGCGGAAGACCAAGAGUCCGAAGCACUGAUAGCUACACCAGUCGACGCACCAAACCCAGAUGCUGGAUCUGUGCCUACUUGCCCCCCAAAACUCAGAGGUCCUCGGCGUACUGCAACUACCUCGAAGCCAAGGAGACCUAAACGAUCGAAACCCAGUGGUCAAGUUGGGAGGGUCUUGCACAAACGAGCCAAGACAGACGGGGAUGACCCACUAUUCCUGGGAUCAGGUGUCAUUCCCCCUUGGCAAACUCUCCCCUACCAUAUUCUCCUUGACAUCUUUCUGCGUGCAUCGCAUCCACUACUCGAUGAAAGCCGUUCUGCCCGCAAUGAUUCUGUAAACGCUCGCUGCACUCUAUUACUGUCCCCCCUUCUUCCUGCCUACAAGAGUCAUGUGCUCCUUUCUCUGUUGGCACGCCCACAAGAGUCUCUCUCGAUGAACUACUCUAGCAAGAUCAAGCAACUCCAUGUUGAAGUUGAACCGGUGCUCAUUUAUAAAAGUGGACCAUACGGCUACUUCGACCUUGCUCAGUUAAUUGAAAAUACGCCUCUUUUACACACGUUACGACUAUAUCACAAAGAUGACUACACAGUGGGAAUACCUCCAUGGCACAUUGUUCAAUCAAAGUGGACUUAUCCAGACGUCCUCUUUUCUGCCCUUGAGAACCAUGGCAUUACCCUUCGCAGCUGGGACUGGAACAGCCGCUUCUUAGAACCUGAUGCGCUUGUCGAGAUGAUGGUGAAAACGCACCCACAGCGUGCCUUUCGGGGUCUCCGAGAGCUGAAAUUGUUGCACUUCGAUCAUACCAAUGAAGAAACUUCCGCUGCGAAAGAGGCUGGCCUCCUUGAAGCUCUUAAGAUGCUUACAGACCUCCAGCGACUAGAUUUCAUUGAAAGCUCAUUGGUUUGUGGGGAGAUCCUGACCAAUCUACCAAAUACCCUCCGUUCUCUCACGCUGAACAACUGUGAUCGAUUGUGCUCAUCGGAUCUCACAGCUUAUAUGUCUUUACAUGGCACCAAUCUCCGAGAGCUCAGUCUAAGCCACAAUCGUCAUCUCAAUAUGUCUUUCAUCCAAAAUUUGGCUCAAUAUUGUGAGAAUCUCGAAAUUUUCAAAAUGGACCUUUCUAUGCAUGAUGCGUCCAGUUACCACGAUGUCGAGCCGCAUUUUGAAGAUCUACUUGUCCAAACAGAAAUUCCCACGUGGCCAGAGAAGCUUCAAGAAAUCGAGCUCAUCCAGUUACGCAAAUGGGACGACGCUACUGCGGAGGUUUUCUUCACUUCACUGGUGAAUGCAGCACCCAAACUUCGAGAUCUACGUCGGUUGGUCAUUAGUGCAAUCCUGAAGAUUGGCUGGCGUGACCGUGCUACUUUCCGUGAGCGAUGGAUCGGCCUUCUCGAAAAGACUUUUCUGCGACGAAGCAUGCCACCAGACCCAAAUCUCCGCUCCCUUCAGAAGCGCUCGCUCAAACCCACCACAUUAAUUGCACGGGAUGGACCGAAUGACCUGUGCUCUGAAGUUGAUGACCCACGACCAUCCACGGCUGAUAGUGGACGAUCGACUUCUUCCAAACGCCAAAGCACUCGGCUGGCACAUCAAAAAUUCAACGAAAAUGACGAUGCUGCCAGUGGUCCUUCGUCAGUCGGGACUCCGCAGCCUAGAGCCGGAAAGAUACAGGGGAUGUGCGAUAUUGUAAACAUUCGGAUCGACAACCAGCGACCGACCGAGUUACAGUUCAACGAGAAUGACUUUCUUGACGAUGAACUCAGCGGGGACGAGGACUGGGAUGGCAAUGAUGGUGACCUUUAG